AUUCGAUGCCACUCGUGUGCUGCCCGUUAUUGCUCAACGAAAUCGACAGUUGCUAUAAAGUCGUGACAAUGGUCCCAAGACAAUACAGUCCAUCACACACACUCUUAGCGACCUGUGAGCAGUCACAUCCCCAAGCAAAAUGAUCGCCAAAUUCGUUAUUGUCUUCGCCUUCGCCGUCGCCGCUUCAAGCGCCGGUGUGCUGCCCUUAGCCGCGGCCCCUGCGGCCCUGGUGGCGCCAGCGCCGGCCGCCUACGCCAUCGCCCCCUACGCCAGCUCCUUCUCCGCACACACCGUGAACCACGCCGUGGCCACACCAGUUUACGCCCCCGCGCCCGUCGCCGCCGCCCCGCUAGUUGCCGCCCCCGCUGCAGCCCCGCUCGUGGCCGCCCCAGCGCCAUACUACCCCAGCGCACGAUACCUCUCUGCUCCCUACUUCUUCUAGACGAAUUAAUUGGCUGAAUCAUUGCUAGUGACUUGCUUUCUAUAUUAAGUAUGUUUAUUGUGUAAAUACGUUUUGUUAUGUAUGUAUACCUAUACUUUUGUAUUGUGUGAUGAAUUAAAAAAAUCACAACCUCUAGAAAUCUA